UUUGAGAAGAUGGCGGCCGUUUUUGAAGGUGUUGUUGUAAGUUCAUUGUUUGAAAAUGGUGAAACAACGCGAAAGUGUUCGGUUCCUUUAACACUUGGUAUUUAUGAUGAGGCAGAAUGCGUAAUAUUGAAAUUUAGAAACGCAGAAGGAACGAAUGGCCCCGAGUCUCUGUUUGAGGUUGAGAUAAGGAAAGAUGACGAGACUGCAGCAGUAGGAACCCAAUCUUUUGUUAUAACCAAAGAGGGUAACAGUGUACUGCUCCAGUUUCCCAACACACGAGCUUUUCAGACUUUCCAUGAGGCGAUACAGAAGUUUAAGAAGAGAGAAAAAGAUUCAGUCUUUUCACAAAGAACGGACGAUGCCUCAGCACUUCAAUAUUUUCAAUUUUACGGAUAUCUUUCUCAACAACAGAAUAUGAUGCAAGAUUACAUACGGACUUCAACAUAUCAAAGAGCAAUUUUGUCGAACGUGGAAGACUUCAAAGACAAGGUUGUUCUAGAUGUGGGUGCGGGUUCGGGUAUUCUCUCCUUUUUUGCCAUUCAAGCAGGAGCUAAGAAAGUGUAUGCCGUUGAAGCAAGUUCGAUGGCGAAACAUGCAGAGACCUUGGUAUACAAUAAUAAAGUAUCGGAGAAAAUUGUAUUAAUAUCAGGAAAAAUUGAAGAAAUAUCACUCCCGGAAAAAGUGGACAUAAUAAUUUCAGAGCCAAUGGGAUACAUGUUAUUUAAUGAAAGAAUGUUAGAAACUUAUCUUCAUGCCAAGAAGUGGCUUACUUCAAGUGGGAAAAUGUUUCCGACAAGAGGAGAUCUCCAUAUAGCCCCCUUUACGGAUGCUGCACUCUUUAUGGAACAACUUAACAAGGCUAACUUCUGGUAUCAACAUUCCUUCCAUGGAGUUGAUCUAUCAAGUCUUAGAGAUACAGCUGUGGAGGAGUAUUUUAGGCAGCCAAUAGUCGAUACUUUUGACAUUCGGAUCUGUUUAGCUAAGUCACAAAGUUAUACAGUGGAUUUCCAGACUGCAACAGAGACUGAUCUUCAUAACAUAGAAAUACCUCUUAGCUUCCUUAUACUUCAAUGUGGCGAACUUCACGGUCUUGCUUUUUGGUUUGAUGUGGCAUUCAUUGGUUCCUCACAAACAGUAUGGUUAUCUACGUCACCAACCCAACCUCUAACACACUGGUACCAGGUACGAUGUUUAGUAGAUUCUCCAUUAAUCGUACAGAGAGGCCAGGUUGUGACAGGGAAGGUCCUUCUGAAUGCAAAUGCAAGGCAGAGCUACGAUGUUGACAUUGAACUACAAGUUGAAGGAACGAGUGCUUCCAGCCACAAUUCCUUAGAUCUUAAGAAUCCAUUUUUUCGAUAUACCGGUCAACCACCUCAGCCCCCUCCCGGGUUCAAUGAGACAUCUCCGAGUGAAAGCUACUGGCAAACACUGGACGCUCAAACUGCUACAAAUAAUGGCAAUCUGCUGGUAAACGGCAUCACCCUAAUGAAUGGCAACACGCUAAUGGACGUGCAGACCGCACAACUAGGUGUUCACCACUCAAACCUAAUUUCUUUAGGCUCUUUACCAAGUCCUGGAACAUUAAACUCAAGCAAGACGGGUUCAACUCGGGUUCAAGCCAGUGUUCCCACAAGUUCUAUAGGUGGUGGCAUCUCACCUUCACUCUUUAAUCAG